AUCAAAUGUUAUCUCUAAAAUGUGUAUUCAUGUAUAUUUGAAAUUAAUUUAUCAUUAUUAUAACAUAAUUUUUGCCCAGGCCUUUUGUAAAGGCCAUUGAACUGUUGUUAUGGUCCUACGACCCACGAGUGUUGAAAAGUGCAAGGCACCAUGACUGUAGUCAUUGGAUUUGAAGGGAGUGCUAAUAAGAUUGGUGUGGGUAUAGUCAGAGAUGGAGAAGUCCUGUCAAACCCUAGGCGCACCUACAUCACACCACCUGGUCAAGGAUUCUUGCCUGGUGAGACAGCCAAACACCAUCGUAGUGUUAUACUUACUGUUCUCCAGGAGGCACUAGAUGAAGCAGGGUUAAAACCGGCAGAUAUUGACUGUGUGGCAUACACAAAAGGGCCUGGAAUGGGUGCCCCUCUGGUGACGGUAGCAAUUGUGGCACGGACAGUUGCUUUGUUGUGGGGCAAACCUCUGUUGGGGGUAAACCACUGCAUAGGACACAUAGAGAUGGGCCGUUUGAUCACAGGUGCCGAGAACCCUACCGUGCUGUAUGUGAGCGGAGGAAACACCCAGGUUAUUGCUUAUUCUGAACGGCGCUACAGGAUAUUCGGAGAAACAAUAGACAUAGCUGUGGGAAACUGUCUGGACCGGUUUGCUAGAGUCAUCAAGAUAUCAAAUGAUCCAAGUCCUGGUUACAACAUCGAACAGAUGGCAAAAAAGGGCACCCAGUAUAUAGAGCUGCCUUAUACAGUGAAGGGCAUGGAUGUGUCAUUUUCUGGCAUCUUGUCCUAUAUUGAGGAGGCUGCUAACAAAAUGUUAAGUAUGGGCCAGUGCACACCUGAGGAUCUGUGUUUUUCUUUACAAGAGACUCUGUUCGCUAUGCUGGUGGAGAUCACAGAAAGAGCCAUGGCUCACUGUGGCUCCCAGGAGGUUCUCAUCGUUGGAGGAGUUGGCUGUAACCUGCGCCUACAGGAGAUGAUGGGGAUUAUGUGUAAAGAAAGAGGAGCAAAACUGUUUACCACCGAUGAGAGGUUUUGUAUAGAUAAUGGAGCAAUGAUUGCACAGGCCGGAUGGGAAAUGUUCCGCUCAGGUUGCAUCACAGAGCUGUCGGAUUCCUGGAUUACACAAAGGUACAGAACAGAUGAAGUUGAGGUCACAUGGAGAAACUGAUGUUGGCUGCCUAUCCAGCAUUUAACUGUAUUUGUGGAUUUCUAUUUAACCAAAUAAAAUGUUAUGUUGGAAAUUAAACAAGCUUUUGUAAUGGGGUUAAUUAAUUUUUUAGAAGCUGUACUAGUAAAAAACUACUUCAAUAGCCCAGUAUAAUUGCCCUUAAAAAACCUUGGUUACAAAAUAAUCAUGGUUUUGCUCUUCAUAGGAUUGGCCGGGACAUUCUUUGUCAAGAUCUUUUGCAAUUACAUUUAAAAAAAGGAUUUUGUAAGAAUUUGUAUUUUAAUAAAACCAUUUAUCUUGAAUGUUCUACUAGAUGUUAUCAUAA